AUGUCUCUUCAAGCCUCCCUCCAAAGCGCCUACGCCGACUUCCAAAAGGCGGCCCCAGCCCCCGUCAUCGACACCUUCAACUCCGGCGUGCAAGCCCUGCAAGACUCCUUCGACGUCAGCAAGGCCAUUCAGCCCGGCCAGAAGCUCCCCGACUUUACCUUGAAAGACGCCACCGGCAAUGAGGUCACCAGCGCCAGCCUCCUAGCCAAGGGCCCCCUCCUCCUGUCCUUCUACCGCGGGGAAUGGUGCCCCUUCUGCAACCUCGAGAUGCGCGCUCUGCAAUCCCGCCUGCCCGAAUUCACCGCCGCGGGUGUCACCCUUGCGGCCGUCUCCCCGCACCUCCCGGACACCUCCCUGUCCGUGGCGGAGAAGCACGCCCUUGAAUUCCCCGUGCUCUCGGACGUGGGGAACCAGCUCGCCCGGCAGCUGGGGAUCGUGUGGAAGCAGCCCGAGGCGUUCGGCCCGAUCCUGGCCGGCUUCGGGGUCGAUUGGGAGAAGAAGUACGGCGAUCAGAGCUUGGAGGUGCCGAUCCCGGCGACCGUGCUCGUGGGCGCGGACGGGGUGGUGCGCAAUGUGUUCUUGGACCCGGAUUACACGAAGCGGUUGGAGCCGGAGACCGCUCUGGAGUGGGUCCGCGCUCUUUAG